CGUGUUUGCUCAAUGUCAUUUCAUAUUGCCUUUUGAUUUCUCUUCCAGAGGAGCUUCGAAGGAUCCGUUCUGAAUUUGUGGAGGGAGUCUCAGGCCCAGUUAUCAAAGGUCUCGUGGAUGACCUUUGGCAGCAGAAGGUGUUAAGUACUGAGGAACAGGACUACGUGAUUGAGGACCAGAAGGGCAAAGCAGACCAAGCACGUCGUCUGAUCGACAUGGUGAUGGGGAAAGGGGAGAGAGCAAGUCAAGCGAUGAUUGAUAGUAUGAAGAAGAGGGACCAACACUUAUGCUACACCCUGGAUCUGAUCUCUUCUCUUGCUGGUGUGGAAUCUGCUGCUGUCGAGUGCCAACAAAAAAUCAAGUCUAAUUUAAAGAUUAAGUUAUGUUGUGUGUUCGAGGGAAUCGCUAAAGCAGGACAUCCACAACCUCUGAAUGACAUCUAUAUAGAGCUCUUCAUCACUGAGAGAGGCAGUGGAGAGGUCAACAAGGAACAUGAAGUCACACUGAUUGAAAAAGCUUCCAGGACACCAGUCCAGGAGCAAACACCAAUCAGAUGUGGAGACAUCUUUAAACCCUUACCUCGAAAAGGUAUAUCAAACAGGAACAUUUUGACAACUGGAGUGGCCGGCAUUGGUAAAACCAUCUUAACACAUAAGUUAACUCUGGACUGGGCUGAAGGCAACGCCAACCAAGACAUAGACUUCACGUUUCUCUUAACUUUCAGAAAGCUGAGUUUACUAACAAAGAAAGAGUAUAGCUUAGUGGAACUUAUUCAUCACUUCUUUAGUGAGACUAAAGAUGCAGAAAUUUGCAGAUACGACCUGUUCCAAGUUGUCUUCAUCUUAGAUGGUCUAGAUGAGUUUCGAAUUCCUCUGGACUUCGAGCGCACCCCAAUCUUGACUGAUGUCACAAAGUCCACCACGGUAGACGUGCUGCUGACGAACCUCAUCAGGGGCGAACUGCUUCCCUCUGCUCGCAUCUGGAUAACCACACGCCCUGCGGCAGCCAAUCAGAUCCCUGAUGACUGUGUUCACAUGGUGACAGAGGUGAGAGGGUUCACCAACCAACAGAAGGAGGAGUACUUCAGGAAGAGAUUCAGAGACAAGGCACUGGCCAGCAAAAUCAUCUCUCACAUAAAAAAAUCACGAAGCCUCCAAAUCAUGUGUCACAUUCCAGUCUUCUGUUGGAUCAUUGCUACAGUUCUGGAGAACAUCUUAAAAAAAACCCAGAAAGUAGAAGAGAUGCCCAAGACCUUGACUCAGAUGUACAGCCACUUCCUGAGGGUUCAGUCCAAACAAGCGGACAGGAAGUAUCGUUCGAUAGAUGAAAAAGAUCCACUGUGGAGUUCAGAGAGCAAGGAUAUCAUUUUUAAACUGGGAGAACUGGCUUUUAACCAGCUGGUGAAAGGCAACCUGAUCUUCUACGAGGAAGACUUGGCAGACUGUGGCAUCGACAUCAAAGCAGCCUCAGUGUACUCAGGAGUGUUCACCCAGAUAUUUAAAGAGGAGUGUGUUCUGUACCAGGACAAGGUGUUCUGCUUUGUCCAUCUGAGCCUCCAGGAGUUUCUGGCUGCCCUUUAUGUCUUUCUGGCCUUCAUCAAAGAUGGUGUCAAUCUGCUCUCAGAAAAACCACCCAACUCUGGGGAAGAUAAACUCCUCCUCCUCUACCAGAGGGCUGUGGACAAGGCCUUACAGAGUAAGAACGGACAACUGGACUUGUUCCUCCGCUUCCUUCUGGGCCUCUCUCUGGAGACCAAUCAGAUUGUCCUACGAGGUCUGCUGGAACCGACAGGAACGAGCUCACUGACCAAUACAAAAACAGUGUCUUACAUCAAGGUGAAGAUAGGUGGAUAUCUCUCUCCAGAGAGAAGCAUCAACCUGUUCCACUGUCUGAAUGAGCUGAACGACCGUUCUCUAGUGAAGGAGAUCGAACAUUACCUGACAUCAGGAAGUCUCUCCGAAGAAUCUCUCUCCCCUGCUCAGUGGUCAGCUCUGGUCUUCAUCUUACUGACAUCAGAAGAGGAGCUGGACGUGUUUGACCUGAAGAAAUACUCUGCUUCAGAGAAGGGUCUUCUGAGGCUGCUGCCAGUGGAGAGAUGCUGUGAAGCUCUGGCCUCAGUUCUCAGCUCCAGCUCUAGUCUGAGAGAGCUGGACCUGAGUACCAAUGAUCUGAAGGAUUCACGAGUGAAGCUGCUCUCUGCUGGACUGGGGAGUCCACACUGUACACUGGAAACUCUCAGGCUCAAUGGCUGUCAUCUGUCAGAGAGAUGCUGUGAAGCUCUGGCCUCAGUUCUCAGCUCCAGCUCUAGUCUGAGAGAGCUGGAGCUGAGUACCAAUGAUCUACAGGAUUCAGGAGUGAAGCUGCUCUCUGCUGGACUGGGGAGUCCACACUGUACACUGGAAACUCUCAGGCUCAAUGGCUGUCUUCUGUCAGAGAGAUGCUGUGAAGCUCUGGCCUCAGUUCUUAGCUCCAGCUCUAGUCUGAGAGAGCUGGACCUGAGUACCAAUGAUCUGAAGGAUUCAGGAGUGAAGCUGCUCUCUGCUGGACUGGGGAGUCCACACUGUACACUGGAAACUCUCAGGAUCAAUGGCUGUCAUCUGUCAGAGAGAUGCUGUGAAGCUCUGGCCUCAGUUCUCAGCUCCAACUCCUCUAGUCUGAGAGAGCUGGAGCUGAGUUCCAAUAAUCUACAGGAUUCAGGAGUGAAGGUGCUCUCUGCUGGACUGGGGAGUCCA